AUGGUAUCAGAUGUUAUUGGAAUAAGAUUCUGGUAUGAACCUGAUUGUAGAAGAAAGGGUUAUGAUCAUUCAGGACAAAUUCAACAUGAAAUAUUACAUACCAUAGGUUUUUAUCAUGAACAUAGUAGAAUAAAUAGAGAUAAAAAUCUUAAAAUUUAUUAUCAAAAUAUUAUUUCUUCUCGAAAACAAAGUUUUGAUAUUGUAUCAAAAAAAGAUUCAAAUACAUUUGGUGUUCCUUAUGAUUAUGGAUCUGUAAUGCAUUUUGAAUUAUAUUAUUUUACAAAUAAUAGAGAAAAACCUAUGAAAGCAUUUGACACAUUAUAUGAUAUGACACCAGGACCAAAAUCAUAA